AUGGCCGACCCGUCCUCCCAGUCCCAGGCCACUGAGUCGUCCCCACACCAGUUGUCCUCCACCCCGGCUGCGCCGACAUCGACCCCGUCCUCGACUCCUGUCCCUCAUCUGCCCUCUCCCGCGCCCUUGCUCCGGCCUGCAAUCCCUGGCGGGCGCAGUGGCGGAGGUCGCACACCCAGACUCGGCUUGGCAAUACCUCCCUCGCCCAAUGUUAAGCCCGUUGGUAAUCAGCCUGCUGUGACCAGGCCGCCGCUUCCGACGCUACACCUGGCCACGCCCAAGGGCAGUCAGAUUGUCCCUCACGACGAGAGCAGUGCCGCCCAUUCCAGGUCUGGUAGUUUUGGGCCCUUGGACGGCCGCACUAGCAAUCCGACUUCCGCCGGCUCCCAGUACUCGGCCUUGUCGUUUGCGUCACAGUAUGGCAUUCCCGUGACCAGGGCCCAAGGAACUCCAGACCCGGUGUCGGCGGUGGGGUCAAUGUACUCGGAGAGAAGCGAGGGCGGCGUCGCCAUGGAGAGAGACGGCAGCCUGCAAGGGCUUGAGGCCUUUGAUCAGCUUAGCCUGGACAAGGCGAGAAACGCCGACGUCGACGAACUGGAUGAUGAGGGGUGGAGAAUAGCAAGUACGGAAAGGAGAAUCAAGGAAUUGGGCAAUCUGGGCGAAGGUGCUGGAGGAGCAGUCACCAAAUGCAUGCUCAAGGGCGGCAAGACGGUGUUUGCAUUAAAGGUCAUCACCACCAACCCUGACCCAGACGUUAAGAAGCAGAUCGUUAGGGAGCUGGGGUUCAACAAGGAGUGUGCGUCGGAGCACAUUUGCCGGUACUACGGAGCUUUCGUCGACUCGUCCACAGCCACCAUCUCCAUCGCCAUGGAGUUUUGCGAGGGCGGCUCCCUGGACAGCAUCUACAAAGAAGUCAAGCGUCUGGGGGGUCGAACUGGCGAAAAGGUUCUGGGCAAGAUUGCCGAGGGCGUCCUCAGCGGGCUCACGUACCUCCACACGCGCCGAAUCAUCCACCGAGACAUUAAGCCCUCCAACAUCCUCCUGUGUCGAGACGGGGCUGUCAAGCUGUGCGACUUUGGCGUCUCGGGCGACUUCGGCACCAAGGGCGAGGCCAACACGUUCAUCGGUACCAGCUACUACAUGGCUCCGGAACGAAUCACCGGCCAGUCGUAUACCAUCACCUCUGAUGUCUGGUCCACGGGUGUAACUCUGCUUGAGGUUGCUCAGCACCGCUUCCCCUUCCCGGCCGACGGGACCGAGAUGCAGCCGCGAGCUGGCUUGAUUGACCUGUUGACGUACAUUGUCCGUCAGCCGGUGCCCAAGCUUAAGGACGAGCCGGACAUGGAUGUAUACUGGAGCGACAACUUCAAGUACUUCAUCGAGUGCUGCUUGGAAAAACAACCCACUCGCCGAGCCAGCCCCUGGAAGAUGAUGGAACACCCGUGGAUGGUGGACAUGCGGUCGAAGCGUGUCAACAUGGUCAAGUACCUAUCCUACGUGUGGGGCUGGGAUGAGCAACGCGCGGCUUGA